GCUUCCCUUCUCAACCUUCAAUCUUAAUACUCUCUUCUAACCCCUUGUCCCAACAUGGCAGUUUCCAAACUUUUUCUUGCACUGUUUCUUGUUUUCAUGGUACUAAACCUAGAAAAAGCAAAUGGUGAAGCAACUGGAAAGACCAAAAAACUGAUUGAUAUGGCUAAUAGAAAAGGACCUUACUUGGGAUUAGUCAUUCCUAACCUGUUUGAGAUGAAUCCUCUUCUUCAACACCCUAGUUACAAACCUACUAACCUUACCAUUGACUAUGCAGGGAGGAGAUUUCGGUUUGGAUAUAUUGAUAACCAGCCUGUUAUUCUGGUUAUGACUGGACUUGCCAUGCUAAAUGCAGGCAUAACAACACAACUGUUGCUAUCAUUGUUCAAGAUUAAAGGUGUGGUGCACUAUGGAAUUGCAGGAAAUGCAAAUCCAUCUCUCCAUAUUGGAGAUGUUGCUAUUCCUCAGUAUUGGGCACAUACUGCUCUUUGGAAUUGGCAGAGAUAUGGAGAUGGCCCUCAGAAUGAACUACCCCUUGAAGUAAAUGGAGACUACACGAGAGAUAUUGGAUACUUGAAAAUUUCCAAAUACUCUGUGAAUGUGACAAAUUGCAACUCACAUAACAAUCUUCUUAACAACGUUUGGUACCAACCUGAAGAAGUAUUCCCUGUAUUUGGCACUCCUGAGGAAAGACAACAUAUCUUUUGGGUUCCUGUUGACCCUCAUUACUUUGCAAUCGCCAAAAAACUCGAGGGAUUGAAACUAGAAGAGUGUAUAGACGCAAAAACAUGCUUGAGUCAUACACCAAAGGUAGCAAGAGUACACAGAGGAACAAGUGCAAGCAUAUACUUAGACAAUGCAGCUUACAGGAGCUUUAUCUACAACAAAUUUGAUGUGAGCCCUGUGGAAAUGGAAAGUGCAGCAGUGGCUCUCAUUUGCUACCAGCAGAAGACACCUUACAUCGUUAUCCGUGCCCUCUCUGACUUGGCCGGCGGCGGUGACUCCGAGAACGAGGCCGCCACCUUCAUCACCCUUGCUGCUAACAACUCUGUUGAGGUUGUCGUGCAAUUCAUCAAGCAGUUGUCUUUGACCAAAUAUCAAGAUGCUUGAGUUUGGAAUUAAUUAUUCCGCAUGCAGUUAAUAAUUCAUCCUCAGAUGAGGAGUAGUUUGAUGCAAGUUAAGUUUAACUUUUUUUAAAAUGUGUACUACUACGUUACAUUCCCAAAUAAUGGAAACCUUAUGCACUGUGCUUAAACCCAAAUUA